AUGGAUUACUAUGAAGUUCUAGGAGUGCAGAGAUAUGCUUCACCUGAGGACAUUAAAAAAGCUUACCAUAAAGUGGCACUUAAAUGGCACCCCGAUAAAAAUCCAGAAAAUAAAGAAGAAGCAGAGAGAAAAUUCAAAGAAGUAGCUGAGGCAUACGAGGUAUUAUCAAACGAUGAAAAGCGGGACAUUUAUGAUAAAUAUGGCAAAGAAGGAUUAAACAGUGAAGACAGAAGUCAUUUUGAUGAUGAGUGUGAGCACAGUUUCACAUUUUGUAAGCCAGAUGACGUCUUCAAAGAAAUAUUUGGUAAAAGGGACCCAUUUUCAUUUCACUUUUUUGAAGAUUCAUUUGAGGAACUUUUAAAGAUUCCAAGAAGCUCCUAUGGAAGCAGAAGCACAGGCGCAGAAUCCUUUUUCUCCACCCCCAGUGAAUGUCCAGUUUGGGAGAGAUUUUCUUCAUGUGAUAGAGGAUAUCCAUCACACGGUUCACUGGGGCAGGAGGGCCCUACUUCAUUCUCUUCACUGGCAUUUGAUGAUAAUGGGAUGGACAACCACAUCUAUGUCACAACUUCAGGCCAAAUUGUUCAUGACAGAAACAUGGGUAUCAACACAAAACUAAUUGAGAGUGAUCAAGAAAGAGAAGUUGAAGAUUAUGGGGAGUUGAAAUUCUUCCUUGCAAAUGGUGUGGUAGAUAUAGAGGGCUUCGCAGGAGAACACAGCUGGAGAAGACCAUCAUUCAACCAUUACUCACCCAACUGCUACUGUCCCACACAUGUGUGUCAAUGUACUUUUGUGGACAAUUACAAGCAAGGUAUACCUUGGGUCACCAGCUACUGGGACCCCUCUAUCUUCUCACCGGGGUUCAAAGAAGGUGGUAAGAGAAAAAAAAAGAAGCACAAAGAGGUGAAGAAGUCAACCAAAAGGAAUCACUAA